AUGACUGUGCCUGCCUUCGGUUUCUCUGCCGGCGACUUCGUUAGCGCUGUGAACUUGAUCGUCGACAUCGCCAAAGCGCUGAAAAACACAGGUGGCGCAGCAGGAGAUUAUCUUCAAGUUCUGGCCGAUUUGAACCUUUUGAAAGACGUUUUGUCGCACCUACAGCAACAGCAAGCCGGCGCGACGAGACAAAGCAGCAGAAAUCCGUUUGCAGAGCAUGCGCGGAAACAAGCAGACCUCACUUUAUCUACACUAGCAAACUUCCUUGACCUGAUAUCCAAAUUCGAUGCUAGCCUGGGCCCUCAAAGAUCGUCAGCAUGGUACCGCGGAGUUGGUAGAAAGGCGCAGUGGGCGCUGGUCUAUUCGAAGCAUGUCGAUGAUCUGCGCUCAAGGAUUGGGACACAGAUUCAGACAUUAAACCUUGUCACUCAACUACAGGAAGAUGACCGAAACGACCUCAAUGAGUUGAAUAGCCAGCUCAAACGUCGAAUUAUUAGUAUCGAGGAACUUCGAGAACAACUAAGUCUGCUUGACUUUCAGGACGAUGAGCAUCAACCUGAUAAUGCACAUACGCCGCCUCAAGCUAUUGAAAACUCUUUAUCAAGCACAAGUCACCGAACGGUAGUAAUAGACUUGGAAGAGCCCGGCGGUGAUGUGACUGCAGCUCUGGGAGGUCAACCCAGUAAUUCCUGUCAACAAGACAUGACUAGCGUACAAGAAGAGACUACCCAGACGCUCUUACCAAAGCUGUAG